AUGAAUACGCCGGCCGAGUUAAGUUUCGAAGAAAUAUUAAAAUUUAUGUUGGCACAUAAUGGCAAGGUUACAAAUCACGAUCUUGUAAAACAUUUUAAAGUGUUUCUAAUGAACCCAAAUAUGAGAGAUGAAGCUAGAAAUACAUUUAAAAAGCAUGUAAAUACUUUGGCUAUUAUCAAAACUCAAAAUAAUGAGAAAUGGUUGAUCCUGAAAAAGAAAUAUUUUCCAAGUCAUUCAAAAGAAAAUGAAAAUGAGACCAAAGCAGCUGAACCUGUGUCUCAAUUGAGUGAAGAAGGUAUUGAAGAAACACAUGAAGAGCCUCCAGCUAGACCUCCCCUUCCAUUACUUAAUCAGGACUUUAAUAUGCUAGGAUCCAUUUUGCCAGCACAUGACCCUAUAGUUGAGGAGCCCGCCUACCAAAAAUCACCUGUUGUUACCCCACAAAAUACAUCACAAGAAAGUUUAAUAGAAGAUUUGCCACCAAAGGUACAUCCUCGUAGAAAAUCUGAAAAAAGUUUAAUUGAAAAAAGUACACGAAACAUUAAUACAACUCCCCAAAUCUCAAAUAAUGAAACAAUAGAAAUGAAUGAAACGCCAACUCUAACUUCUUCUCAGAGUGAAAGCAUGCUUGUGGAUAGUGAGCAAAAAAUAUCAGUAAAAGAAAGAAAACAAAUGUUUAAUAGAAUGGCUUCUGAGAGUGAUGUGUUGAAAUCCAAUAAGUCCGGCAACAAUACUUCGAGUUUGGAUGAGGAAGAUAGAGCUUCGCUGGAUCACAAGGAAGCUGAACCGCUGGACACAAAACAGAAGCAGUGGAUAUUAUACGCGGCCCGAGGAGACUACCACGUCCUGGCGAAGAUGUGCAAGGAAAAUUCUAAACUUGUUAAAACCAAGGUGUGUAUUUACGUCUUUAUACAGUAG